AUGGUCGUAAACCACGUCAAGCGAAUCCGUACAGCACGUAGGUCUCGGCGGGUCGGCAUUUUCGCCUGUACGAUCGCGACGCUUCCUCUGUUUUUCUUUGCACUUGGCACAACCGAUCUACGCGAGACAGCGCAGGUGUACACGGGAAAGUCCGCUAACGAGCCUAUGACCGCGACGGCUUGUUCUCAGGCCGUGGAUGAUGCGUUUCCGCGCAUAUGGAAUCGCAAGAAGAACACGCACGCACAGUACGUGCGUGGAAGGAAUGCUAAGAACUCUAAGAUCAACUUUACCAACGUCGCGGCAAAGAAAGCUUACGACUACUUUGAACCAGAAUGGACAUGUGAAGAUGAGGUUCGCCUGGGUCUAGACGUAGUGAGCUCGGGCGACGGUCCGAAAUUUGUGUGUGGUUCGGAUGUUCUUGCAUCGACGAAGGAGUGUAUCGUAUACUCAAUAGGCAGCAAUUAUGACUUUUCGUUUGAGUACGCCGUGAACAAGAUUGCGCCACAAUGCGAAAUUCAUACCUUUGAUGGGACACUCAAUUUGACUAAGCGCGCGCUUCCAGAAGGGCUGAAAGAAAAGAAUAUAUAUUUCCACAACUGGAACGUUGUUUCAGACUGUCGUUCAGAAGAGCUAGCGAAGUUAAAUUCACCCUCGCGUUGUGUCUUUGAUAGCCUUCAAAAGUUGAAUCAUCAUGAAAGCACAACGAUUACUUGGUUGAAGAUCGACUGUGAAGGCUGUGAAUUCACCGUCAUCCCAAAGUUUGCUGAAAGUUCUGUCAAAAUAGACCAAAUAAUGAUUGAGGUGCACGGAACUAACGCCCUGAGGAUUGAGAGCUUAUUUAGUAGCUUACACAACGCCGGUAUGAUGAUAUUCCACAAAGAAAGGAACCAUUGGGGAUGUGACGGUUAUAUGUGCGUGGAGUACACUUUGAUUACUGAAGAAUAUGCACAAAAAGUACUACAGACCUUCCUAAACACGAAGGAUCGUUGGAUAUUUGAUUUACACAAGCUCAGCACAUCCAAAGGUCCAAAAAGCCAAGGAGCUCAAGAUCAAUACUUUGAACAUAUUUUUGCGAAGAUCGGCACAACAAACCGAUAUUUUGUUGAGUUUGGGUUCAAUCAACCGAGCUACACAAGCGGUGGCUCUGGAGCAAAUACCUGGAAUUUAUAUGACUCUGGCUGGAGAGGACUCUUGCUCGAUGGAACACGCGAGAAUGCAGAAAUCAACCUGCACGCGCACUAUCUUUUCGAAAAAAACAUCGGGUCUAUUCUCGAUACGUACAACGUUCCGAAAGAAUUAGACCUCCUCUCUUGCGAUAUGGACUCCCACGAUAUUUUUGUCUUACGGGGAAUACUUAACGCGGGAUAUAGGCCUCGCGUCUUCACCACAGAGUAUAACUCGAAUUAUCCUCUUGAAUAUGCCAUCACAUUGAUAGACCCCACCAUACUUGGCGUGGACGUAUCAACGUACGACUUCACGUUCAAGGGAUGCUCUUGGGGGGCCUCAGCCAGUGCAUUUAGGCUCAUUGCUGAGAAAUUUGGCUACACACUUAUUGGGCGAGUUUCAUUCCUUGAUCUUGUUUGGCUCCGUAAUGAUUUGAUUGAAGACAACUGGGACGUUCCUCCUUUUGAGUGGUUUUUUCGGGACGCUCCCUUGGGUAAACUUCACCAUUUCAAACAGACUUCCAAUGAAAUUUUUGACUAUCUCGUUGAUUUCAAUGUACUGGAGAAAACCGGAAGCGUACAGGAAGCUAAGGAGGCUGCAGGCGCGAAACUGGGAAAUUCAGGUUUGGCUUGUUUUAAUGGUCUCUGA